UUCUCCCGCCGCCUGGGAGAGGGGCGGGGCGCCAGCCAGGGCGAGUCCCUCCUUCCCUCCCUCAAGCCGCCUCAGCCGCCGCCAUGGCCGAGACGGUCUCGGGUCGCCGCUUCCUCUUCCUCGCCCUGCCGCUGUUGGCCGCUCUGGGGCGGGGGCCUGCGCACGCGGCGGCCCAGGAGCUGCGACACCCGCCCGCCAGGAUAGGUGUGAUUGGAGCUGGCAUUGGGGGCACAUCUGCAGCCUAUUUCCUGCGCCAGAAGUUUGGUAAAGACGUCCAAAUUGAUGUAUUUGAAAGAGGAGAGGUCGGGGGUCGUUUGGCUACUGUCAACGUGGAAGGAAGAUACUAUGAAGCAGGAGGAUCCAUCAUCCACCCCCUUAAUCUGCACAUGAAGCAUUUUGUCAAAGAACUUGGCCUUUCUGUCCCUCACAGUCAAGGGGGCCUUCUCGGCAUUUACAGUGGAGACGAGUUUGUCUUUGAGGAGAGCAGCUGGUACGUUUGGAAUUUUUUCAAGCUCCUCUGGUAUUAUGGACUGAAUCCCGUACGGAUGUACUUGUGGGUAGAGGAAAUCUUGGACAAGUUUAUGAGGAUCUAUCGAUAUCAAUCACACGACUAUGCCUUCAGUAGCAAUGAGGGUUUGCUUCAUGCUCUCGGAGGGGCCGACUUCCUUCAGAUGCUGAAUCGUACCAUUGAUGAGGCCAUGCAGAAGGCUGGCUUCUCUCAGAAGUUCAUCAAUCAGAUGGUAACUCCAGUUAUGAGAGUCAACUAUGGACAAGGUGCUAACAUCAAUAGCUUUGUGGGUGCAGUAUCUUUGGCAGGUGCCGAUUCUGGACUUUGGUCAAUAGAAGGUGGCAACAAGCUGGUAUGCACUGGCCUUCUCUAUGCUUCUAAAGCACAACUGAUUCCUGGCACCGUUAUCUCUCUGGAAGAGAAAACACUGCAAAAGGGACGCACAGGAGGUACUGUGAAGCGGUAUGAAGUCACCUACAAUUCUACGUCAGGAUUGACGACAGAUCUGUAUGACAUCAUUCUGAUUGCUACCCCCUUGUACCGUAAAAUUGCCAACAUAACUUUCCGCAACUUCAGCCCAUCCAUUCCAGAGUUCUCCCAGCCCUACCAUCAGACUGUGGCAACGUUUGUCCAUGGGCAUAUUAAUACUACUUUCUUUGGCUACCAGGAUCCUUCAGCAUUCCAUUUAAGUGGCAUUUUCACAAUGGAGAACCCAAAGUUGUUUAUCAAUAGCAUUGGUGUUGUCUCUCCAGUUCAAGACAAAAUGAAGGAGCUUCAGGGCCCUCCUGUUUGGAAAGUGUUCUCACCCCAGCCUCUGACUAAGGAGCAAAUGGAUUUGCUUUUCUCAUCCUAUGAUUCUGUAGAAGUAAAGGAGUGGCUAGCCUACCCACACUACAGUCCACCAGAGAAAUGCCCUCCCGUCGUUCUCCACGAUCGAAUGUACUACCUCAACAGCAUAGAAUGGGUUGCAAGUGCCAUGGAAAUGAGUGCGAUCUCAGCCAAAAAUGCUGCACUUUUGGCUUAUCACCGUUGGUACAAUAAGAUGGACAUGAUUGAUCAGGAAGAUUUGCACGAGAGACUCAGAACUGAGCUCUGAGUUAGAAUACACGUGGAUGGUGUGAUGAAGUUGAAGUGAAACUUGUAAUGGCAUCAAAGUUGAAUCCAUUUUGUUGUUGUAGCAACAUGAUUUAAACAGAUUUUUCUGACUGCAGACAAACUCUUAUACUGCUGUGCCUGUUUCUGGAUUUUUGCCUAGGACUUGUUCCACAAAUAACAAUUCCCCAUAAAUAUUUAUUUUGAGUGCAGGAAGAAAAUAGAGACGACUUGAAUAUGUCCUGUACGCUGCCUGCCAGUGUACAUAAACACAAUUCUUGAAUCCACUAGAAAACACUGAAUACAUUUGGGCCACUGUAGGUGUCAUGAAUGUGCUUAACUUCAUUUAACUGGGCUAUAUGAAUAAGUGAAGUAAAAUCACUUAUCACAAUACAGGGUGACUUUACAAGUGCUCCCUCGAAAAAUGUACAUAACAGUUCCCUAAUCAUACCAGCAACUUAUAGGGAACUGUAAAAACCUAAAUGCUCCAGCUGUCUCGAAGCUGAAAAAAAUUAGGGUGACUCCAAGUUGAAACUCAUCGUUGGGUGACAGUCCUGUGUAACCCACUGAAGUGGGGCAGGGGGUGGGCGCACGAGAGAAAGCAUGUAGGACUAAAGCAUUGGCAAUCUAUGUCUGUCUGCAUGGUGCAGCAUCAAUAUUUACAGGACAAGGUAGCAACAUCACAUAGUGAAGUGAAAGGACAACAGCUGCCUUUGAACCAUGCAGGUGAAUCCAGGAUUUUUCUUAAAUAAAAAUAGGCAAGGGCCAUCAGGUGCUGGGAGAAAAAUUAGAAACUUGCACCAAGAACCUGAUAGAAAAGUUGGUAACGUUAACUGAAAUUGUUACGAUUAUCCCUUUACUUAUCUUGAUUCUUAAAGCAGACAGGCAAACUGCACUAGAAGUAUACAAAAGCGCACAGAUUGAGUUUUGCUACUUUACUGUUCAGUUACGCAUCUUCUGUACAGAAGCCCGCAGCUUAUACACUGUGACACUGGAAGUUUAACACAAGCCGUAUUGUGGCUCCACAAAGCAAGGAGGGCAAGAGAGCGCAGGUUGUGUAUUUUAUUAUAACGCUUGUUUACUAGAAGCUGCUACUUAACUGGUUCAUUUGACAGCCAUUUGCCACAAGGAGCAGCACUGCUUAGGGUUGCCAGGUCACCAGUUUUUCCCUGGAGAUGGAAUUUUGGGGUUCUCCCUGGGUAUCCAGGUGAGUCACCCCAAUCACCUGGCUCUCAGCUUUCACUUAAAGUUUCUAGGUGGUCUGGUUCAAGAGAUAUACACCAAAAUGUCGGCUCCCCCCCUUCUAUUAAAUGAGCUCAUAGCUGGCUGCUCAAAUACUGCCCUUUCAUGUUUUUAGCCAAUAAGUGAUGUCAGGGUUGUAAUUGACAAGGGAUUUGUUGACCUCCAGGCAAUAGCUAGAACCCAUUGCAAGGCCAGAAAACGGUUGUCUUUUCCUGCUUGUCUUAAAAUCUCAUAGAUUAUGUGCAGGUCAGGAGACGUAGAACAAAGAAUCACAGCAGGAUCUUGGUAGGCUGUUUUUUACUGUAAACAAUUUCAUUUAUGAUUAUAAUAAAAGUGUACAUGCAGGGUUUUUUAAUACAUUAUAUCUUUCAAAUAAUUUUUGAACAAAUUUAAAAGUAUACAUGCAGUUUAUGAUUACAAUGUGUUAUACUUUCCAAUUAUGAGGAGUCAAACAAGUUUAAAUUAAAUUAAACCCCAUUGAAUUCAAUAGGACUUACUUUUGAGUAGACAUGGUUAUGAUGGUGCUGUAAAUCAAUGGGACUUGAUUUCACUGCUUUUAUGUUGCAGGAAACUAAUACUGAUUUUAUUUUUAUUUUUUUUUAAAUUGCAGUGACCAACUGGUUUUGACAAUAAACUAUUAUAUGGGCUGUAUGUA